CCAUACCUACUACUUCUAUUCAAGACUACAAACAUUACUAUGUUCAAUAUUUGGUAUUGUCCUCAGUCGCUUGGACGAAUAAUAACAGUAAAUGGACAGCAUCAGUGAUAAUGAUCGAAGUAACUUGGUUGCAUAUUGGAGCGUACCUUUAAAUGAUGGCGUUUACACUAUUGAAUUCGAACACGGAACUACGACUGGGAGAAGGGUUCUGCGAGUUAAUGGAGAGGAAAUUUUACGACGAGAGUGGAUGUUUAAGCUGGUUGGAAAUGAACGAUUUAACAUUGGAAAACAGGCAGCGAAAUGCGAGUUACACGUGGAUCCUUUACCUUACUUCGCCUUCAGUUACAGUUUAACAGUAGACGGCAAGUCGUUGGAAAAAUUUACCGAGCAACAAAAUAAGGCGAUGAGAUCGUGGGGUGUGCUUGUUGAGGGUGAAAGAUACAGAAUUGUGUUAGAAAAGCAAACUCUGGAUGUGUGGCUCAACGGACAGAAAGAAGAAGUCGAGCACGUUUUUACGCACGAUGGAAGCGAAAUUAAUUUUCAGCUUGGUGAAGCUAAGGCGUCGAUUAGAGCCGUUGGGGCAGUCAAAAAAGAAGGUGUUAUUUACCAGUUGUACAUAAACGACGAACUUCACGAAGAUGAGCCCGAAACUGCGGAAUGAUCGAGUUUGCUAAAAAAAUGUACUUUUACCAGCACGCGCACAAAUAAUACCAGGACCGUCGAGAGUUUCUGGUACGAGGCAGUGAUCGGGUCCGAGGAUGUAUCCACAUCUUUCCCACCCUCACGACGGCCCUGAUAAUUGCAAAGUGUAUUGAAAUGUUUUUACUAAAUUACACAAGGUGUUUCUGCAACAUUCGAAUGUA